CGCAUAUUUGAGCAGCAGAAGAAGAAGCCUUCGCCAUAGAGCAGCAGCAGCAGAAGAGAUUUGUUCGUAAAAUGGCGGGUGCUUUGAAACAAGAACAACUUGUACGACAUGUGUAUGCUACACUGCAGGCUGUGUCUUGUCCCUUGGUGGAAGGUGUGGACCUACAGGAGGCAGACAGCAUGCUGCAGCUUCUGUGUGUUCCCUCUGAGCACCGCACCAACAUACUGGCAUGGAUCUGCAGCAGUAUCAACCCAAACUUUGGCAAUUCCAAGACGAUGUCAAUGAGAUCCAAAGACCCAGAUGUUUUGUGUAAAGAAAUAGCUGUGCUUGGGCAGGAGCUGAUGCUGUGCAAAGCAGAUGACCUGGACCUGAUCGGAGAGGGUGGUGCAAGUCCUCAAAGGCAGCUUCAGUUCCUAGAGCAGCUUUUAACUCUAGUCCCAGGCUGCAAGAAGGCAGCUGGGCCCAGAAUGGAUGCAGAGAUGCUACUAAAUGAGCUCUAUGCUGCUGAGAACCUGCCUCACCUCACACAAAUGCUCAACCCCGCGCUCGACCCCUGGCCUGCACACAUCAAGGCUUUACGAAAGGGCAGCAAGUCGUCCUCUAAGCCGAGUAGAGAGGAGGCUGCUGAUGUUGCCACCCUUCUACAGCAGACACAGUCCGCCCUGCAGCAGCUACAGUCAGAGUGUGAAUUCCUGAACAAUGCGGCGCAGAGUCCCAGCACUUUCUCUCCAAGCUCACUUCGCGUGGCAGCGUGUGACCUCCAGCAGCUGAUGGCUACUUUCAGCCAUGUUUUCGAAACAGACUUGAAGACUUACUGCAGUAGAGAACCCCCAAGCUUCAGCACAGAGACCGACGUCUUCCAGAGAGUACACCAACUGCUGCUGGCCUUCAUCACGGAGUUAGAAAUGCUAAAGGAAGUAUCAGAAGCCUCUGUGUCUACGCAGGAGGAAGUAAACCGGCUACAAACGCGGCCUUGCUACCGGAGCCGAGGAGAUGAGCUUACUUUACAGGACCAACUGGAGGAACUUAGCAGGCGAAUUAGAGACUUUUUCUCCCUGCUUCAUUCCUGAUGGGCACAGACACUGGCCAAAAAGUUCCUGAUGUGAGCAAAGCUCUUAAAAUGAUGCAGUAAUAAUGGGAGGAGUGGUUGUAUUAAAACUUUGAACAGAACUUAUCUUUAAUUUCACAAACGACAAGUGGCAGCCACUGUCCUUCAGACAUUUCAGCACAGCUCAUCUUUCUGUAAACUCAUACUGUUUGAUGGAGUCAUCCUGUAAUUCUAACUUCAGCAUGACUGAGGUGUUGCUUGAUCAUUCGCAUCAAAAUGUUGGCAAUGUGUUCCAUGUAAUUAACAUGAUUGCUCUACAGAAAUGAUCAGAAAGAUUUCAGUGGAUGGGUGUUUUGUUGGGAUAAUUGUAUAGUCAGAAUUGAACAUUCUUCCUUUUCAUUUCUCACCCCAACUUGUAUGGUUGUUUUUGUUAUUAUUGAUGUACUCGUACUACGAACGAUUUUCAUAUUGUAUUACUGAAUAAAUGUAAAUGUUUUAAACCUGUACUGUUAUACCAACAGGC